GAGGCUCGAAGCAGAGCGGACGUGAAGACUUCCAAGAGUGAUGCAUCUUACUAAUUAAUCUUUAGUAUCGUAUUUUGUGUUGAUAAUGUGAUUGUCCUAUUUGUGUUUAAGAUUCAACGAUUUUUUUUUUGAAAUUGACAAGUACGAAGAGGACUUCGAAUCAGAAAUAUCAUGGGUGGCGAAAAUGAUUCGAAAAAACCGAUCAAGCUGGACAAGCUCAUGUUCGGUGUUGAUAUGAAAGCUCCAAAACCUUACAGCGUAAAGGUAACAAUAGUUGCCUGCAUAAAUUGCAGCAGGCCCUUCAAAAACGCGGACCAAGUCACCAUGCAUCAGCCGUUCUGCAAGGGAGCAAUGGAGGCCUAUACCGAAAAGCUUAAGGCCGUUAAAAACGAUUUAUCCAAGAUUCUCGAUGAGGAACAGACUGUCGAAACUUACGUUGUAAGGUACAAGUACACCUGUCAAUUCUGCGAAUUCAUCUUCUACAAUGAGAAGCAUUACUUCGGACACAUGAGUAAAUUCAGAUACGAGUGCAACACGUGCCAGACGCAUUUCGAGAACAAACAACUCUUGAAGACCCACUACUGUCUGAAGUUCCUGAAGGAUCUGAGAAGCCGCAUGGCAUCGCGGCUUCCGGAAAGAGCACUCACCCAGGAAGAAUUGAUGCCUGAAGGAUCUGAGGAGCCGAAUGGUAACUCUGAUCCUAAUCCGACACACAUCGAAGGAAAUCAAUUAAAAGAAGAAGAUGAAUAAAUCGGGUAGCAAGUGAUGCUCAAUAUUGUAUGUGUUUUAUUGCUCGAUUUUAACAUAACGUAUGAUUGCAGAUGUGAAUUUUAAAUAAAGAAAUUUUAAUAAA